AUCUCAUCUAUUUGUUAAAACAUUGUAGUAUUUGUUAAAAUGAAUAUAUAUCAAAGAACAUUGAAGCUGAAAGAGUUGCUUUAUUGCUUCAAGAAUUGCUUCUCAACAAAUAUGCAGCUUUUGCGCAAAGACAAAGCUACUCUACUGAAACAGCCAAAGGACGUAACAAAAAGACCAAACCGUGAAUACCUAUUUGGGGUUGGUCCAUGUCAUCUUGCGUUAAAAAAUGGAAGACGAACUGUUUACAAGAUAUACAUUAGGGACGGUGCUUUAAAUACAGAUAGGAAAGACUUUAUGGAGAUAAGAAAUAAAGCAGAGCAGAUGGGCCUACCACUUCUACCAGCAAGUAAGAAAAAGCUUUUGUCUUUGAGUGGAGGAAGACCAGCUCAGAAUAUAGUAAUGGAAGUAUCACCUUUGAUGUUUUCAAAAUUUGAACAUAUCAAGGAGCAGAGCUGCAGCCAUGUACAAGAUAGCAACAAUCAUGAACUUUGGCUUGCACUGGAUCAAGUACAGGACCCCAUGAAUUUUGGUGCAAUACUAAGAACAAGUUCAUUAUUAGGUGUGUCAGGAGUUGUGGUUCCAAAUCAAAAUAGUGCUCCUCUAUCACCUGUUGUCAGCAAGGCUAGUGCAGGGGCAAUGGAAAUGAUGAAAAUAUUUCAAAUACCAGAAAUAGACUUAUUUCUCAAGGAAAGAUCAAGUGCAGGAUGGGAUGUUGUGGGUACAGUUCRCCCAAAUUCUUCAAACAGAUUUGAUGUUGAGCCAAUAAGUUGCACUGAUUUCAAAAUGGAUAAAACAACAGUUCUUGUUUUGGGAAAUGAAGGGAUUGGAUUACAAAAACAUGUCUUACAACAGUGUACACACCUAAUUUCGAUAUUUCCUCCAAGGAAUACUUCGGCACUUCAAGGUCCCGAUUCCUUCAACGUUUCCGUAGCAACAGGUAUACUCCUUUUUUCAAUCAUGAACAAUCGUCAUACUACAAGUCAAAGGUUGUCGUCAUAACUGGACUGGGUGGAACCAGGCGAACUACCAUACAAAUCAUUUUGCACUUGGUGGAACGAGGCGAACUAACAUACAAAUCACUCCAUGCACUUGGUUACGUGUUUGGUUUAGACUUGUACAGACUCGCUCCUCUCGCUUUUUAGGCUGCACGCAAUUGAUCAAGGGAAAGGCGAAGGAAAGUUAGUAACGAAUGGGUACGAGUCUGUGUUUGGUUACUGCCCUGUAAAAAGCAUCGAAUCUCAUACAUGCAAUCAUAUUGAUCUUCUUCAGCUUUUGAAUAAAAGAGUUACUUUAUACCUUGAUUGCAUUGUCAACGCUAUCAUCUUAGGAGGGUUUCCUGCACAUGAAUUUAUCAUAAUUCACAGUUUGCAUUUUAUAGUAAUUUUUCUGUCUAACAAUACUGAUUCAUUAACUAUUUUUGAACCUCAAUGCCAAUUGAGCGCAUGUUAGUGUAAAGAAGAAGACAUUCAUAUUCAAUGAUGCUGGUUAAGUAUAUGGAAAAAUUAACGGUUAAUAUAUCACUCCAAUAUAGAUAGUCUUGUCGAAAUUCCAUGCGAACAGUUGUGAGCACAAACAGCCGGUACAGGCAGGUAAAUAUAUGUUGCAAAGCAUGCGACUGAGCAGCUAUAUUUCAAGAAACUUAUAAAUAGGUCACAUCACACGCGUUCAACUCUUGAAUGUUUCGUAGCCCGAUAGAACGCUCUAAGAGCGCGUCGGGUUACUUGAUCACUGUCACUCUUGUAACGCAUGAGUCAAAAAGUUAUUUCUGAAAUAAAGCUAAAACAAACUGCA